GCCCCGCCCACACGAGCAGAAGGCGUCGAGUGGAUCUAUCUGACGUCACGCGUGUGUUGGCGGCGUGAACACUCCGUUAGUCGCAAACUCGGCGUGGAAGUCAUUGGACGUCAUUUUCACGACGAACCUGGCUUGAAGUGGGCAUGAAAAGCAGGGAUGAGGACCUAAUGAAAGUCCAUACUACUGUGGACUACCGAGGACCAGAAAACCACAGCGAGAAGACCUGGCUCCCCAGCUGUAGAUGGAACGACUCCAACGUGUGCAGCGUCGAUGUCGGCAGCUCUUAGCUCAAGAACCGGACCAAGGCUCGUACUCGACCCAAAAUAACCGCCACACCAAUUCCCAUCCAGAAGAUCCACACAGCGCCCCACAGGGAUGGGGGGAGAAGAGAAGAAUUGUUGUGGCUCGCCACGGCCCCCGCCAGCAAGAGCUGAAAGACUUGUCCAAAGUUUACAAGGGCAACGCCAUCCGCACUACCAAGUACAGCAUACUGACCUUCAUCCCUUUGAACCUGUUUCAGCAGUUUCACAGGGUAGCCAAUCUCUACUUCCUGUUCCUGGCUUUGCUGAACUGGGUACCGGCCGUCGAAGCGUUUCAGAAGGAAAUCACAAUGAUUCCUUUGCUGGUGGUUCUUGCUGUCAUUGCCGUCAAAGACGCCGUGGAGGACUACAGGCGCUACCUCUUUGACAAAAACAUCAACGGCAAAGUAGCACAAGUGUACUGUGGCAAGAAGAGAGCCUACACGGAGAAAUACUGGAAAGACGUUCACGUUGGAGACUUUGUGCGCCUGCACUGCGACGACAUCAUCCCCGCGGACAUUUUACUGCUGUAUUCCUCGGAUCCUCGUGGCAUAUGUUACAUUGAGACUGCCAACCUGGACGGAGAGACCAAUCUGAAACAGAGGCAGGUGGUUCCAGGCUUGCACCUGCAGGAAAGAGUGUUCAGCCCUGAGAGCUUCCACAGUCGCAUUGAGUGUGAGAAUCCCAACAAUGACCUCGGCAGGUUCCGAGGUUUCAUGGAGCAACCAAGUGGAGCUCGUGCUGGCCUGCACAAUAACAAUCUACUUCUGAGAAGUUGCACGGUUCGUAAUACAGAGACUGUGGUGGGCAUCGUGGUCUAUGCUGGACACGAGACCAAAGCCAUGAUGAACAACAGCGGGCCAAGAUAUAAGUGGAGCCGGUUGGAGAGGCGCCUGAACGUUGAUGUCCUUUGGUGUGUCUUCCUGCUGAUCAUCAUGUGUCUCACCGCUGCCAUCGGCCAUGGACUCUGGCUGAAGAAGCUGCAAAAUGCAGUAUUUCUGACUGAGGAGGACACGUCUCCUGCUCUGGCUGCCUUCUACGUCUUCUGGACCAUGGUCAUCGUGCUGCAGGUGCUGAUCCCCAUCUCUCUCUACGUGUCCAUUGAGAUUGUCAAGCUGGGCCAGAUCUACUUCAUCCAGAAUGAUCUUUUCCUCUACAACCCGCACACCCACGGCAGGAUCCAGUGCCGCGCGCUCAACAUAACCGAGAACCUGGGUCAGGUCCAGUACCUCUUCUCUGACAAGACCGGGACUCUCACCGAGAACAAGAUGGUUUUUUGCCGUUGUAGUAUUUAUGGGAUCGAAUAUCCUCAUGUGGAAAACGCGCGAAGACUCAAGAUGUAUGAGGAAGAGAAGAGUGAACCCCUAAGCCGCCGUUCCUCCGGCAUCAACUGCCAGUCAGCAUGUCUGCCCACAGUCCCAGCUGAGUCCGAGGAACCUUCCAAUCACUUCCUUCCGAGCGCUGGUGCCUUCUCCAACCAAAUGGUAAAGGAGGUGACACCAGACCCUGAGCUGAUGAAGAAAUUGAGCGGGCUUUGUCCUCCUACGCUGCCUCUUGGUGGUAGUUCUCCGAGCCGAGAACUGGCCUGUGUCACAGACUUUUUCCUGGCGCUGGCUGUUUGCAACACGGUGGUGGUAUCCUCUCCCAGCCACGCCGUACCUGAAGCACAAGCACCUGUGAAGUCUGGGGACGAAACCAAAAAGAUGCCUCCUCAAAUGCGAGGAAACCCUGGCUGCUCAGAUGGAGUUUUCACACAGAACACCUUCAAAGUCUCAGUCCCGGUUUGUCAGACGACAGAGGGUUCCAUUGUAGAGCCGGUGGAGGACGAGGCUGUGAACAUGAUCAGGGAAGGUGCUUCUGAGAACCACACAGAUGACGAACUGCGAUAUGAGGCGGAGAGUCCGGACGAAGCUGCUCUGGUCCAUGCAGCUCGAGCAUACCGCUGUACCCUGCGGGGACGGUCUACAGAUGGCCUUACUGUCAACAUGCCUGGAGUGGGGACUCGGGUGGUCCAGCUACUCCACACCCUGCCCUUUGAUUCCAACAGGAAGAGGAUGUCGGUGGUGGUCCGCCAUCCUGUCACGGGACAAGUGGUGGUCUACACCAAGGGCGCGGAUUCCGUCAUCAUGGACCUUGCUGAGACACCGAAAGGUGCGGAACAGGCUCCGGAGAGCUAUAGUCACAUUCGAGAGCGAACCCAAAAGCAUUUAGACAGCUACGCUCGAGAAGGCCUGCGUACUCUCUGCAUUGCUAAAAAGGUGAUGGAAGAAGAGGAGUAUGAGGCCUGGCGAAGGAAACAUUUGCUGGCAGAGAGUAGCAUUGAGAACCGAGAGGAGCUGCUACUUGAUUCAGCCCAAAGACUGGAGACCAACCUCACUCUUUUGGGGACCACCGGCAUCCUAGACAGACUACAGGAGGAGGUGCCGGAGACCAUUGAAUGUCUUCAGAGGGCCGGUAUCAAGGUGUGGGUCCUCACUGGAGACAAACAAGAGACAGCCAUCAACAUUGCCUACGCCUGUAAACUCCUCCGUCCCCACGACCAACUUCUGACUGCCAACUGUGACAGCAAGGAAGCCUGCGUGGCCCUUCUGGAGGAGCUGAGAGGAGAAGUCGAGGGCAGGGAAGAGAGCACGAGUGCAAAGACUCCUCAGGGAUCAGACCUUGGUUUGGUCAUAGACGGCCGGACCCUGGACUGGGCUCUGCAGGAGGAAGAAGCCAAGAGCUGCUUUCUGGAGGUGACCAAGUCCUGCAAGGCUGUGAUCUGUUGCCGCUCCACUCCGCUUCAGAAGAGCCAGGUGGUGCGACUGGUCCGGGACCGGCUCCGAGUCAUGACCUUGGCAGUGGGCGACGGGGCCAAUGAUGUCAGCAUGAUCCAAGUAGCCGAUGUGGGCGUAGGGAUAUCUGGUCAGGAAGGAAUGCAGGCUGUGAUGUCCAGUGACUUUGCAAUUUCAAGGUUCAAGCACCUCAGUCGGCUGCUGCUGGUCCACGGCCACUGGUGUUAUUCUCGUCUUGCCAACAUGAUCCUGUAUUUCAUCUACAAAAAUGUGAUGUUUGUGAACCUGCUGUUCUGGUACCAGUUCUUCUGUGGCUUCUCUGGCAGUGUCAUGACCAACUCCUGGGUUUUGAUAUUCUUCAACUUGUUCUUCACCUCCGUUCCACCGCUCAUCUACGGCGUGCUGGACAAGGACAUGCCCGCCGAUAGACUGAUGCGGUGGCCUGAGCUCUACCGGUCUCUGCAGGCCUCUCAGGCCGACUCUUCGUGUGUCUUCUGGUUGACGGUCCUGGACGCCUUCUACCAAAGCCUGGUCUGCUUCUUCGUGCCUUACUUUGCCUAUGCUGGAUCGGAUAUUGGUCUGCUGUCCUUGGGCUCGCCAAUCAACGCCUCGGCCCUCCUGGUCACCCUGCUGCACCAGGUCCUGGAGAGCCACACUCUGACGUGGAUUCAUGUCGGGGUGUUGGUGCUCAGCGCUGGCUCCUACUUCGGCUUCGUGCUGAUCUUUAGUGUUUGCUGCGUGACCUGCAGUCCCCCCACCAGCCCUCUGGGCGUAGAAGGACUACAGAUGUCCCAUCCUCUCUUCUACGUGGUGUGUGCGCUUACCAUUGUGACCGCACUGUUACCCAGGCUCCUGGUCCGGGCCCUGGACAACACCAGGCACAUGUCCCCUCCAAGGCAAGGGCCUGCCGGGGACCAAGUAGAAGCGGUGAGGGGCCACAGAAGAAUGUGGUGCCGCAGCUUGAAGCUCUCCAUGACCGCCAGGCAGCAGCCGGGGUGUGAUGACCACCUCACCCUGGAGCACAGCACAGAGUCGGUCAUCUUCUGACCGGGAGAAGUUCAAAUGAAAAGCUGGCAACACAAAGUGAAUUGUGGGAGUUCACGGCUGCAUUUCUAUCCAUACUUUACUAAAGUCCUGGAAAGAUUCCAGGAUUUAAGUCAAAUGCUGUCAGGUCUGGGUGUUACACUCCAAAAUGCCAGCAUGUCUGGGAUCCAUCCAUCCAUUUUCUACCGCUUGUCCCUUGCGAGGUGGCGGGGGGUGCUGGCGCCUAUCUCAGCUGCAUUCGGGCGGAAGGCGGUGUACACCCUGGACAAGUUGCCACCUCAUCUCAGCAGGUCUGGGAUGUUACACUCCAAAAUGUUGUUUCUGAACAUAGCGGGACAUUACUGUCAGGUCUGGGAUGUAACACUCCAAAAUGCUGUUUCUGAACAUAGUGGGACAUUAUGAUCAGGUCUGGGAUGUAACACUCCAAAAUGCUGUUUCUGAACAUAAUGGGACAUUACGAUCAGGUCUGGGAUGUUACACUCCAAAAUGCUGUUUCUGAACAUAGUGGGACAUUACUGUCAGGUCUGGGAUGUAACACUCCAAAAUGCUGUUUCUGAACAUAGUGGGACAUUACGAUCAGGUCUGGGAGGUUACACUCCAAAAUGCUGUUUCUGAACAUAAUGGGACAUUACGAUCAGGUCUGGGAUGUUACACUCCAAAAUGCUGUUUCUGAACAUAGUGGGACGUUACUGUCAGGUCUGGGAGGUUACACUCCAAAAUGCUGUUUCUGAACAUAGUGGGACAUUAUGAUCAGGUCUGGGAUGUAACACUCCAAAAUGCUGUUUCUGAACAUAGUGGGACAUUAUGAUCAGGUCUGGGAUGUAACACUCCAAAAUGCUGUUUCUGAACAUAGUGGGACAUUAUGAUCAGGUCUGGGAUGUAACACUCCAAAAUGCUGUUUCUGAACAUAGUGGGACAUUAUGAUCAGGUCUGGGAUGUAACACUCCAAAAUGCUGUUUCUGAACAUAGUGGGACAUUAUGAUCAGGUCUGGGAUGUAACACUCCAAAAUGCUGUUUCUGAACAUAGUGGGACAUUACGAUCAGGUCUGGGAGGUUACACUCCAAAAUGCUGUUUCUGAACAUAGUGGGACAUUAUGAUCAGGUCUGGGAUGUAACACUCCAAAAUGCUGUUUCUGAACAUAGUGGGACGUUACUGUCAGGUCUGGGAUGUAACACUCCAAAAUGCAAUUUCUGAACAUUGCGGGACAUUACUGUCAGGUCUGGGAUGUUACACUCCAAAAUGCGGUUUCUGAACAUAGUGGGACAUUACGAUCAGGUCUGGGAGGUUACACUCCAAAAUGCUGUUUCUGAACAUAAUGGGACAUUACGAUCAGGUCUGGGAUGUUACACUCCAAAAUGCUGUUUCUGAACAUAGUGGGACGUUACUGUCAGGUCUGGGAGGUUACACUCCAAAAUGCUGUUUCUGAACAUAGUGGGACAUUAUGAUCAGGUCUGGGAUGUAACACUCCAAAAUGCUGUUUCUGAACAUAGUGGGACAUUAUGAUCAGGUCUGGGAUGUAACACUCCAAAAUGCUGUUUCUGAACAUAGUGGGACAUUAUGAUCAGGUCUGGGAUGUAACACUCCAAAAUGCUGUUUCUGAACAUAGUGGGACAUUAUGAUCAGGUCUGGGAUGUAACACUCCAAAAUGCUGUUUCUGAACAUAGUGGGACAUUAUGAUCAGGUCUGGGAUGUAACACUCCAAAAUGCUGUUUCUGAACAUAGCGGGACAUUACGAUCAGGUCUGGGAUGUAACACUCCAAAAUGCUGUUUCUGAACAUAGCGGGACAUUACGAUCAGGUCUGGGAUGUAACACUCCAAAAUGCGGUUUCUGAACAUAGCGGGACAUUAUGAUCAGGUCUGGGAUGUAACACUCCAAAAUGCGGUUUCUGAGCAUAGUGGGACGUUAUGUUUGGUAUGUUUACCUUGCAUAUUGAGGCACAUUUUCUCCAUCAGAAACAUGCAUGUGACACUCAGGAAAGUCUUGAUCUGUGAGUUUUAUUUGUAAACUUUUGAGAGGAUGUACUGAAGUUAAAAAAACGUGCCAUUUUACAAGCGACGGUAGACUGUCAGAGUUAGUUUGUGACGAACCCCAAGAUGCAGAAAUGGAGGCAGGCAUUGGAUAGGAAAACAUGAUUAAAUAAAGAUACUAAAACAAGAACAAACCAAAGGGGUACAACCGAAAGCGCGCACGAGGCGGAUAACAAACUAAAAGAGCUAGCAUUGUGACGUCUUGGUGGCAUCGUGGCGUGUGUUUGCGUUCUCGUGGUGCAGCGGAGAUGGAACACAGCGUAAAGGUAGCAAUGACGAUUUAUUUCUGAAUACAAAAACAAACUAAUAACAAAAACACUAGCACAAGGCACUAUAGAAAAACCAACAGAAGUUAGCAUAGGAGCUAGAAAGAACAGAAAACGCUGGUAUGUAAACUAGGGACAAGAAAAUUAACAAAAUAGCCUGGAAGCUAAUCGAAUAACAAAAGUACUUUCCCAACAUGCGGGAAUGCGACUUCAUGUGUUGUGUGAGGCAAACUCUAGUCCGAGACCGAAUGUAAAACCAGGGCGGUCUUAAAUAAGGAGAUAACUAAUCAAGUCAGGUGCGUGACGACAAACCAGAAUCAGGUGACACUGAAUGAGUUGCCCUGACAACAGAAAACCAAACAGGAAGUGCCACCAGGAACCAAAGACAUUGAAUGCAACACAGGAUGAUAAUAAAACAGAAACAAAACCAGAAUAUGUCAUGGUCCAAGACGUGGACCCUGACAAGCAUGGGAGCUAGAAAACAAACAGGGCUUAGCAUGGAGGCUAGCAUAAACAAAAGGGGCCUAGCGUGGAAGCUAGCGGGUAGCAAACAGGAAAACAGAAGUCGUACUUUUAAUAUGAAAACAAACUGGAAGCAGGGAACAACAAACAGUAAGCUACAAAUCUAGCUUACCUCUACGCUGCAAAGACACGACACGACAGGAGCGACAAUACAGAAGUGACAAUACAUGACAAUAAUCCAGCCCUGACUGGAAGACAAAGCAGGUACAAAUAGGAGUUGGCUGAUUGACACCAGGUGUGGCCAGGUGCCAAUCAGCCGCAGCUGAGGGGAAAACAGCGCACAGGGGGGAAAAAAGCAGGGAACAGACAAAAUAAGAGCGCUGACAGGAACUAAAAACAAGAAAUACUAAACACACACGGAGGAAAAACUAAAAGACGAACAAACUGUUAGUAGCAAGCCUGACAUAGACCAUGUAAAAUGUUUAUGUUUGUUUUUGUCACUGACUUGAUUCUCUUUCACUGACCCAUUUUCUCUCUAGUAUUCACAGCGCUUCGCUUUGUCCACAUUUUAUGUUCCAGCUUUAUUCCAAAAUGACAUUUUUAUCCUCAAAAUUCUGCACAAAUUACCCCAGAAUGACAAUACAUGAUUUUUUUUUUUAAUUCUGAAAAUGUAUUAAAAACAAAACAAACACACAUACAUAAAUAUUCACAGCCUUUGCUCAAUACUUAGGCCAUGUCUACACAUAACCCCUUAAACUAAUAUUUAUUCAGCCUUAGCCCCGUCUCAGCUCCAUCGUUUAAGGUCCCCCAACAUUUGAUGACUUUUUACACGGGUAAGCGCGCCGUGUGUUUCUUGAAUCUCCGGUUUGAUCAUUUACGAACUGAGUUCGGAGAGGAAGUGAAGUCAGAAAGACCCCGCCCCACAUCCAGGUUCAUAACAACCAGCAGGACUAUGGAGGCGAGUCCUCCAGACAUGCCCGUGUUUCUCCUUCUUUUACAUCUGGAAAUCCCACAUGAAUACCUCAAGAGAAAGCCAUUGCAGCUAUCUGGGAUACAACACUUCUCAGACGCCAAGAGAACUUCCCAAUGUCCGGGUCAGCUGGGAUUCUACUUACCGAAAAACCCUGUCCAUUUGUCGAAGGAGAGACAACGAGAAUGCGAGCUCCCGUAGAUGUGAUUAAAAAAGGUAGCGUGUGCUUUGUAUUACCUGGCUGUCCAGGAAAAUUGUGAAUGCAUUUGGACCGGCAAAGCAGACCGUAUCAGUUAUUGUCCGCCAUGUAUGUCGCGGACUCACAUCUAGGUCCAGAAUAUAUGAACUCACCAAGAAGGAAUGGCCAAUGAAGGUGAAGGUAAACGAGCGGCAUAUCUCGAUCCUUAGUUUGAUUGAUGUAAAAUGUUCUUUAUCACAUUGUUUACCUGCCUAAUAAAGAUGUGAUUAAUG